AUGUCUGACUCAGACCUUAAGAUGAGUGGGGGUCCAGCCAGCAGGGGCCCUGAGUGCCGCUCGCCUCCGACCCCCAGGAUAGAGCUGCUCAGCCCCUCCAAGGUGAAGGACUGCUCACAGAACGUCACGGAGAAGGUCACACAGGUUCUUUCUUUGGAGUCCGAUGUGCUGCCCGAAUACAAACUCCAGGUGCCAGAGACAACAUGGUUGAUCUUGCUACACUACAGCCCGUUCAAGGCGUUUUGGGACUGGAUUAUUCUCCUCCUGGUUCUCUACACAGCUGUUUUCACUCCCUACUCGGCCACCUUUCUCUUGGAUGAACAUGGGGAUAUACGUCAAAGGAGUCAUACUUGCGGCUACACAUGCAACCCUCUGAACGUGGCAGACCUUUUGGUGGACGUGCUAUUUAUUGUGGAUAUCGUCAUCAACCUUCGCACAACUUACGUGAACCGCAACGACGAAGUGAUCACACAGCCGAGCCGGAUAGCCAAGCACUAUAUCAAAGGCUGGUUCCCCAUUGAUCUGUUCGCAGCGAUCCCUUUCGACCUUCUCAUUUUCAGAUCUGGCUCUGACGAGAUGGCAACCCUAACAAGCCUGCUGAAAACAGCUCGACUGCUGCGAUUGGUCCGCGUGGCAAGAAAGCUGGACAGAUAUUCUGAAUACGGGGCUGCUGUCCUGUUCCUGCUCAUGUGCACCUUUGUGCUUAUUGCCCAUUGGCUCGCCUGUAUUUGGUACGCUAUUGGCUUUGUGGAGAGGCCGUACACUGAGACCGGAUGGCUGGACAACCUGGCUGAACAACUGGGCAAGUCAUACAACGAUACUGACACCGGCUCGGGUCCUUCCGUCAAAGACAAGUACGUCACGGCUCUUUACUUCACGUUGAGCAGUUUGACCAGCGUGGGGUUUGGUAACGUCUCUCCAAACACCAACUCUGAGAAGAUCUUCUCCAUAUGCGUCAUGGUUAUUGGCUCUCUUAUGUAUGCCAGCAUAUUUGGGAAUGUGUCAGCCAUCAUCCAGCGUCUGUACUCUGGUACAACCCGCUACCACACCCAGAUGCUGCGAGUCAAAGAGUUCAUCCGAUUCCACCAAAUCCCAGGAUGCCUUCGCCAAAGGCUGGAGGAGCACUUCCAACACGCCUGGUCCUACACAAAUGGCAUUGACAUGAAUGGUGUGAUGAAGGGAUUACCAGGCUCGCUGCAGGCAGACAUCUGUUUGCACUUGAACAGAUCUCUGCUAGAGAACUGUACGGCUUUCCAUGGAGGCAGUCAGGCCUUUCUGCGCACCUUGAGUAUGAGGUUCAAGACAGUCCACGCUCCUCCAGGAGAUAUUCUGAUCCACUAUGGAGACAUGCUGGACUCUCUCUUCUUCAUCGCACGCGGUUCAAUCCAAGUCAUCAGGGAUGAUGUGGUGGUCGGAAUAUUAGAAAAGAAUGACGUGUUUGGAGAGCCUAUCAACCUGUACGAUGAGCCAGGGAAGUCCAAAGCAGACGUACACACCAUCACAUACUGUGACCUGCACCGUGUCCGGAGGGAAGACCUGCUGGAGGUCCUCGAUAUCUACCCCGGCUUCGCAGACAACUUCUGGAAGAACCUGGAGAUAACAUUUGACCUGAGAGAUGCCGAUCAAGUUCCACCAAUAAUAACAACUGAUGAUUCUGGUGACGAUUACGGGUGUCGACACAAGCUAAGACAUAGAAACCACUCCCUGGACUGCAGAAUAAGGCCAGAUGGAAUCGAUCAUGAGGACUCAUACCCCCAUCAGUCCUUGCACAAUCGCCAGUCCCCUCCUCGGGCCCACUGGGAUGACAACUGUAGCUGUGAAUCCCCGUGUUCCCAGUCUAGUGAAGACUUGGCUACGCCGCUCGCCCACAGUGCCAAAGUUGAGCUAUCCCCUCCACAAGAUGCCAGAGUGGACUUCCCCCCCUCUGCAGUGCAGCUGAUCCCCCCAAGUAGCACCUCACUGGAGAGGGAGCCAGUGUUGGACCAAGCUACAUCUUUGAAUGUGCCAGGAACGUAUCAGGGCUGGCCAGAACGACCGCCACAACAGUUUUCCAGUCGCACUUGGCGAUCUUCAUCUGUCCGAAACUCAUACCACCCACCACCGUUCACAGAAGAUCGGCCCAGUGAGCUGGAGUCUCGACUUGAGGUUUUACAUUCACAGCUCAACAGACUGGAGACUCGCAUGACAGCCGACAUCAAUGUUAUUCUCCAGCUGCUCCAGAGGCAGAUGGCUCCUGUUCCUCCCGCCUACAGCAGCGUAUCGUCUGGUGCACUCCCCACUGAUGAACCUGGCCUGUAUGGGGCUGGGACCCCAGUGCUGCACAGCAUGUACCCCUCCCCCGCCCUACAGAUCGACAGCCGGGCCCCCAGCAUUACCCAGACUGACCUUCAAUUCACCAAGAGGUCCCAGGAGUCCCUGUCCAGCGGCAUCCAUGUGACUGUGGCUUCAGACGACACCAUGUUCAUGACCGUCACCCCUGAAAGUGAGACCAACGCAGGGUUGUCUCCGCAGCAGCCGUCAGUCAAAUCCUCCCUGCUGGAGAGCCCCGGGCUGUGCGGCAGCCUCCGCUACCCCUCGCUGCCGGGGAACCUGGACAUGACCUCGGGACUGGCUGGCAUCCAGAAACACCUCUCAGACCCUGUGCUGCCCGUCACCUGA